UCAUCAUCAUCAUCACAUCUCCUUGUUAGAGAAGUUACGUUUCCCUUUUUUUUCCUUUUUCUUUUUGCUAAAGUUACGUUUCCUUUUUAACACUGUUUCUCCUUCUUGCUUCCACCACAAGACCUCACGUUUCCUUUUUAACGCUAUUUCUCCUUCUUGCUUCCACCACCAGAUCUUGAGUCACGUCGUAGCUGCUAGACCUUCAUCUCCGUGAGACCAUGGCUAGAAAAAGUUCUGGCGUUAUUAAUAUCCCUCUGGAUCUAAUGGUAGAGAUACUCGAGAAACUCCCUACCAAAUCUCUAGCGAGAUUUCGAUGUGUCUCCUAUCAGUGGGAAAGUAUGAUCAAUAAGUUCAUAGUCAUUGACUCGAUCAUGACACGGAGAUUGAAUCAACCACCCCGUGAUCCCCACUUCCUCUUCAAGAGGCAUUGGUUCCAACCACGGCUUGAUCAUAUACCUCAUACCAUCUUAUCGUAUACUUAUCUUUAUCAUCAAGUUACAGACGAACAACAACUCUAUCACGAGGAGAUCAUUGAAAAAGAAGAAGGCUAUCUGAUGGGCUUUCAGUAUGCACGUGGUUUGAUUGGGUUUUGCUGUUCACGUAAUGAUCAGUUCAGAAUACAUAACCUUACAACAAGGCAAUCUCUUUUCUUACCCGUUACACGUUUACCCGGAAGCUUGUUUUACUUAUUCGGGUACGACACUUUCAAGAAUCAAUACAAAGUCUUGUGUCAAACACAAAACCAACAUGGCAUGCCUUGGAAGCUUUUCAUAUUGGGAGAUGUCUCAAAAGAGUGGGACAUCCAAUGCAGUAUUGGAGUUCACUUCCUUUUCGAACAAGCAAUUUGCAUCAACGGGGAAAUCUAUUACAUAGCAAGGAACGCAAACUGUACUCAUGUUUUGGACGCUAAGAAACAAGAGUGGUCGAAGAUUACAUUCUUAGACAUGCUUCAAAGUUUACCAAAAUUGAAUACCAGAUUUGCGGGUGUCGCUAAUCCUGGAGGCGAAAUCGUUAUAGUCCAUCAACCUCAUCUCAUCAUUGAGUUGGCACUAAAUGUUUAUUAUUAUGAUACGAAACAAAAUGGUCUUAGAAGAUCUGAAAUCCAAACUACAAGCCCUAGUGAUCUAGUUUCAAUCAGGGCUGUCAUGGAUCAUGUUGAGAACAUCAUGCGACAAGACUAUAGCUACACUCAGCCUUCUUCAUCAGACGAGUUUGAAGCUGAUCUCUACGCGGAUGAAGGUGAGAGUAGCUACACAAUUGCAGAGGCGGAUCAGUACUCACCGGAACCUGAGGCUGAUGAAGGAAUCCCGAGGACAUGCUAUUGCGGUAGUGAGCCUGUUGUUGCAACGUCGUACACUCCUAAAGAUCCAGGAAGGAGGUACUUCUCCUGCGACAACGUUGACGAUGGAGACUGCCACAUCUGGAAAUGGUGGGAUGUGGCGAUUCAAGAAGAGCUUGGUGAAAUGCAGACACAACUUAGGAUGCUCAAGGAUCAAUUCUUUGAGAGUGAUCAGAAGGUGGCUAAGCUAGAGAAGAUCAUAGGUGUGUUAACUAAGAAGAAAUCAGUGGUUAAAUAUGGGUUUGCAAAGGGAGUUUGUCUACUGGUCUUGAGUAACACAAACCAUCAUCUAAACAAGAAUACAAGAACAGGGUUUGUUAAUCUAAUGUAUAGUCAAUCUUCAGUUGACCUUGAGUCACCCGAACCUGCUUGGUUCGGUAGCCAAGGUCCUGAUGAGUAUGGUUUCCACCCUAGUGUCGAGUCUUCUGUCCAGCCUAGUGUCGAGUCUUCUGUCCAGCCUAGUGUCGAGUUUGCUAGAAAAGUGCGGAGGAAAUGGUCUCUGAUUGAGGAUAAAAUCCUCAUUGGUGCGUGGCUUAACACCAGUAAAGACCCCAUAGUCAGCUGUGACCAGAAAGCUGAACGUUUCUGGAAGAGAAUUGUUGACUACUACAACGCAAGCCCUCAACUGGUUGGGACAGUACCUAGAGAGCUUCGUCCAGCCAAGCAGAGGUGGGCUAGGAUUAAUGAGCAAGUCUGUAAGUUCGUAGGAUGCUAUGAUGCGGCGUUGAGGGGGCAGAGAAGUGGUCAGAAUGAUGAUGAUGUGAUGAAAGCUGCCCUCGACUCAUUCUUCAACAUUUACGAGCACAAGUUCAGCCUCGAACAUGCGUGGAGUGAGCUGAGGCAUGACCAGAAAUGGUGCAAGACCUAUAUGGUUAAAGACGGUGGGAAGGAGAAGCGCAAACAAGUGGUUGACGUUGAUACAGAAGAUGAAGUAUCCGAACCUGAAGCCAGACCAGUUGGUGUGAAAGCUGCUAAAGCUGCUUGUAAGAGGAAGAAGAAUGGCAAAUAA